AUGGGUAUCUUUGGUCAUCAUCAUCUCGAUCCGAUAGCCGAGCCUAUUGCUAUUUUUGAACAAUUUGUCUCAACGGAGCCACAGACAUUGAUCCUUAAGGAAAAGGUGCUCUCUGUCUCCGGGGAUAGCUUCGAAAUCAAGCUGGCUAGCGGUGAGCCACUUCUCAAAGUUCAUGGCGCUUGGGUAUCUCUUUCCGGUCGCAAGAAGGUUGAGGACGCACAUGGCAAGCAUCUUUUCGAUAUCUCCAAGGAGCUUCUGCAUCUCCAUACAACCUACGCCAUCGAGGAUCCCCAUCACAAGAAGAUAUGUGAGGUGAAGAGUAAUUUAAAAGGCAAGUACCUGAAUUUCCUUUUCGCCGUGUUGGGCUCCAAGGCCACCGCCACCUUCACCGACCAUAACGACAAGGCGGUGACAUUCACGAUGAAAGGAGGCUGGUACGACCAUAGUGCCGAUAUAGUCAAUGAUAAGACCGGCCAAACUGUUGCACGCAUUGACCGAAAGCUACUUAGCGGGCGCGACCUUGUGUUCGGCCAGCAGACAUAUGCCGUCGUCGUUGCCCCUGGUGUGGAUGCAGCUUUGAUCGCCGCACUGUGUAUAUGCUUUGAUGAGAAGAAUAACGAAGAACGUGGUGAGUGA